AUGCACCUGUCGUUGGUCACCUGGUCCACCAACCCGGAUUUAGCUUUUAUUCCUGCUUCGAACAUGUUUUGAGGCAAAUGCUGGUUUCCCCCCUUGUUCCUUUAAGCAUGGUUUGGUUAAACCAAAAGUCGUCUCUCAGUAAUUGUCUAUCGGAGACCAAGACACAUCCGAUGGACACUACAGAGGAUGGGUCUGACCCGUCCUAUUUAUACGUUAGUCACCUCAAAAAAGACCAUACCUGUCAGAUCCAGAAGACGAAACAGGCAAGGGAAAACGAGAAAAGCAACAACAAAGAAAAAUGCUUUGAUGUGAAGAAACAUCCCUUGGUGGCCGUCCUUGUGCUGUCAAUGUGUGUCAACAUCACACUCGGUGUUGUCUUGGUGAUGUCAGUUGCCAGACAUGGAAUGUCGCAGAAUUCCGGCCUGGAAGUCUUGGAUUCUUCCGAAGAUCUGAGCUCAAGUGUUUGUGUUCUGUGUGCAAGCCUUGGCUUCAAUGUGCAAGAUGGUGUGGUGAAUGGAAGGAAGGAUAUCGUCGUAAGAAGCAUGCCAGACCACAACACUUUCUGUUGUCUAAAGAACUCUGACCAUCUACAAAAGCUUAUUACAGUCUUUUCAGCUCAGUUCCGGUACUAUAACAGGACAAGUAUUGACACGACGCCCGUGUUGACAAGUCCACUUCAAAUCCAACAUGGCGCUCAUUUAUUCCUGGAAAGCGGAUUUCUGAAAGAGCACAAGCUUGUCUGGACCACUGAUUUGGGAUACGGGUGUGCAUACAUUGGUCACGGUGUCAAACUAGUCGACGGAAGAAUACAGAUCAAAGAAGAUGGAACGUACUUCCUCUACUCCUUCUUCACGCUGAAAACUCGCGAGACUACCAGCGAGAGCCGUAAUGCUCUUCACACAGUCACCCGUUAUAACCCCAGUCUUCCACAGCUGCAGAACCAGCUUCUGCUGUUUCGAAAACACAAUCUCGCGAGAGAAAGCAAGAGGUUCGCCACAACCUAUCUCGGAGCGUCACUAGUUCUGAGGAAAGGGGAUGAAGUAUGGGUAAACGUUGAACCAGUUUCGUCGGUGUACGCCUACUCGCCAUCUAACUAUUUUGGCCUUUUCAAGUUAGAUAACUGACUGUCAUGUAAGAUAAAAUAUUUCUGUAAAUAUACUCCUGGCUACCGAGGAAGUCUUUUUGAUGACGUUGAAUUUGUGUGAGGUUUUUGAGAAAGCUUCUGGUAGAGCCGGGUUCGCACUGAGUAAUAUUUACUGUGUGUUCCCAAAAUAACGGUUAACGUGUUGUGUCAUAUUACCAUUGUGGAUUCCACCCUAACUUGAACUUGAACUUGUAUUUUGAGGGAUAAAACAUACUGCCGGGUUGGAAAAAGCUGGUAAAACAACCGGAUAAUGUCUUAUUUUACUCUGAUAAACAUUCUUUCUCUGAUUAGUUUUAAUGUUGUUUAUAUACAAAAUAUAUAUUAAUAACCGGUGUUAUACAAGUUUUAUCACUUUUUUCGAUUAUUAAACGUGCUUUUUUCUGCA